AUGGAGUCAUAAGCUAAAUAAGAGGAUAUAAGAUAAUUAAGAAAGCAGAGUGUGUCAAUAGGGAGUGAUCCUUUAUCUUUAAUUAAUUUGAAGCAGAGCAGUUUCAACAAUGGCGAUGGCUCAUAUAGAAGGCUAGAGGAGAGCAAAAGACUCGGAGUUUAGUCAGUAAGACCUCAAAGCAAUAGUAGGAAGAGCAAUCUCAUAGAUUCCUACUUUGAUCAAAGAGGAAACCAUAAAGAUGAUGAAAACAAAAAGGAGAUGUGGCUUGAAUUAGGAGAAGAGCCCCUCUGCAAAGUCGAUGUCAAGGAAACAGUUAAGGCGACUGAAGGCACUUUAUAUAUAACAAAUUACAGAAUAUACUACAACGAUAAGCAGAAUAUAACGAGUGAGCUGAUGGACUACAAGAGCAUACCGUUUGGAUACAUUCUGAGGCACAAGUUUGCAAGCGAUAAAAAAAACAACUGGCUGGACUUGACGACGAAGGACUAGAGGAAUUUCAAGUGGAGAUUCGAGAGUGCCAUUGGAUAUUAAAACACGAUUGAGAAUCUAAGCAGACACACUGCGAUUAAAAAACACAAGGACCUAUUCUCGUAUGACUACUCCAAAAGGUGUCGCUAGCUAUAGCUUAACUUCACUCAAAUCGGAGAAUCAGACAUAGUUGAUAUCGUCUUCAAGGAAUUCAACAGACAAGGCAUUCUCGAUUAAAGUAGGUUUAAGAUAUAUGAGUUGCCUGAGAAAAUUAGAAUCAGAUAAAGAAUAGAUCUGCCUGCACAGGUUAUAGUUCCCAAAAAACUGACUGAAGAGUAAAUUACUGGUUCUUCAAGAGCGAGAUUCAGUGGAAGAUUCCCAAUCUUAUCUUACUAUAACAGUCAUCUUAAUAUUGCAAUCUGGAGAGGUGCAGAACUUAAUCAGCAAACACCAGUAAAGAGAGACAUUGAUGAUGAAAAUUACAUAAAAGAAAUUAAUAUAGAGAGCGAGGGAAACAGCAAGUUAUACAUAUUCUCCCCUUAUGACAAGGACACCAAGAAUAUUGUGUGUGAGACCGAAUAGGCAUACCCAGAUACCAAAUUAGUAAAGUACGGUUUUCAUUCCUAAUCCAAACUCGCACAAGCUUUUGAAAAGAUGUGGCAGAUUUCCAAUAAAUACGACAAGUCUAAGAAGAAGAGCAAGUUCCUCAGUAAAAUUGAAAAGUCAAAGUGGUUUAACUUUAUCGACAAUAUGAUACUAAAGUCUAUGCUUGUUCACAAGGCAUUAUUGCAGCACAACAAAGGAACGCAAUUUUCAAGGAAUGUGCUGAUCUAUUGUCAAAACGGUUAAGUGGGAUCCUCUGUGAUUUCGUCACUCGCCUAGAUAAUGAUUGACCCAUAUUACAGGACAUUCGAUGGGUUCAGAGCUUUGAUCUUUAAAGAGUGGAUAUACUUCGGUCACAACUUCAUCAAAUACAACAAUCUAAUGACUGAUAUCUAAGGCUUGAAUUACGAUCAAUACUACACUCCUGUAUUUAUUUUGUUCCUUGACUGUGUUCACUAACUAAUCGAGCUUAACCAGACCUAAUUCUAGUUUAAUUCAGAGUACUUGGUCUUUAUGGCAUAUCAUGCAUUGACCAAUAAGUUCUUUGAAUUCAUCCAUGUUAAUCCUACACAGCACUUCUAAAACAUCUUAAAUGAGCCAUUCUAACAAUAGAUUCAGAAAGCAGUUGACUAAACAGUUAACCCUAAGUAGCCAUAGCAGUCAGAGAAUAAAUAAGUAUCGAUUUUCUCCCUAAUUAAUAAAUAAAAAUUCAUAAACAAGCUUUAUGCUCCUGAAAGUAUCGAAAUGAGUGGUUCACUUGGACUUUUCUAUUAAACUAAUCUCCUGAGAUACUGGAGAGGCUACUUUGCUCGAUAUCAAACUGAUCUAUUCACCCAAUUUGACAUGUGCCACAUACAAUAGGAAAAGGUCUUUGACAAUAUGAAGGAAGAGAACAAUGAAGUAGGAAUGAAUCUGAAUAUGUAUUUAACCCGAAUAAAUAAACUCAAGGCCAGUCUUGGAGACAGUGUAGAGUUUGAAAUAGAAGACCAAGAGCUUAUUAGUAGAAUAGAAUAAACAUUAAAACUGAUUGCUGAGUUCUAAUGA